AAAAAAAACAUUUAAAUAAAUAAAUACCUCUCUCUCUCUCUCUCUCUCUCUCUCUCUCUCUUUAUAUCUCUUUCUUCUCCAAUUUUCUAUAUUUGUUAAAGGAGUAUCAUGAACAGACCUAAGCCUUACUCAUCAUCACCUGCUGUCGAUCCUUUACUGUCAAAUGACAAUACAACAGAACAAGUUUCAACCCAACCCAUGAGCUGGGACCAACUUCGGAAAGAAGCACGACAACUAGAGAAUGAAAUUGAGCUAAAGUUAGCAUCUCUAGCCAAAGCAGGUGCUAAUGUCAGUGCACAAGGGUCCUAUCCAGUAGACAACAGCAAGAUGAGCCAAGAACUGGAAAUCGAAGCCUUGCUGACCAAACUUCAAAGCGUAAUCUCGGCCAUGACUGAAUUUAUUGAGAGACCAAGUGCAACACCCACAACACCAUCGAUGAUCCACUUGCUCGAUCGUCACAGAGAUAUUUUGUAUGACACAACCAAAGAGUUUCGAAAAGUCAAAUCACAACUCAAGGCAGCAAGAGACAAGGCUGAUCUCAUGAACCAAGUUCGAGAUGAAAUACGAUCUGCCAAUGCUGGCAACACCGACAAUGCUGAUUAUUAUCUCACUGAACGUAAUCGAGUCGAAAGCUCGCACAGGAUGACGGAUACUAUUAUCGAACAAGCAUAUGCAACACGUCAAGACAUAUCACGCCAGGGACGUACUAUACACCAAGUUAAUACUCGUGUGGGCGGUAUCAUAGGACGACUUCCUGGAAUCAACAAUAUCAUCAGUCGUAUCAACACUAGACGAAAGAGGGAUACCCUUAUUAUGGCUGGUGUUAUAUCUUCCUGUAUUAUUCUUAUUACCCUCUAUUGGUUACACAUCUAGCCUAUCAAGUUAUUUGAGAUCUAAUGAUUCACAACUACCCAGAUUCAUAGCAUAGACCAAAGUAUCGUUUACACAACAACAAGACUAUAAAAUAAAUACAUUUGCAAGCUUAUACAAAUAAU